AUGUCGUUGAGAAGCAAGAAACAAACAAGCGAGAUUGGCCUUGGGGGUCAGACGCAGUUGAGAAGCAAGGAACAAACAGGCGAGAUUGGCCUUGGGGGUCAGACGCAGUUGAGAAGCAAGAAACAAACAGGCGAGAUUGGCCUUGGGGGUCAGACGCAGUUGAGAAGCAAGGAACAAACAGGCGAGAUUGGCCUUGGGGGUCAGACGCAGUUGAGAAGCAAGGACCAAACAGGCGAGAUUGGCCUUGGGGGUCAGACGCAGUUGCCAAGCAAGAACCAAACAGGCGAGAUUGGCCUUGGGGGUCAGACGCAGUUGAGAAGCAAGGAACAAACAGGCGAGAUUGGCCUUGGGGGUCAGACGCAGUUGCGAAGCAAGAAACAAGCAGGCGAGAUUGGCCUUGGGGGUCAGACGCAGUUGAGAAGCAAGGAACAAACAGGCGAGAUUGGCCUUGGGGGUCAGACUCAGUUGAGAAGGAAGGAACAAACAAGCGAGAUUGGCCUUGGGGGUCAGACGCAGUUGAGACGCAAGGUACAAACAGGCGAGAUUGGCCUUGGGGGUCAGACGCAGUUGAGAAGCAAGGACCAAACAGGCGAGAUUGGCCUUGGGGGUCAGACGCAGUUGCGAAGCAAGAACCAAACAGGCGAGAUUGGCCUUGGGGGUCAGACGCAGUUGAGAAGCAAGGAACAAACAGGCGAGAUUGGCCUUGGGGGUCAGACGCAGUUGAGAAGCAAGGAACAAACAGGCGAGAUUGGCCUUGGGGGUCAGACGCAGUUGAGACACAAGGAACAAACAAGCGAGAUUGGCCUUGGGGGUCAGACGCAGUUGAGAACCAAGGAACAAACAGGCGAGGUCCUUCCAACAGAAUGUCACAGUUCGACCGUUAAUGAGAAAUCUACUGUCUAGACAGAAAUAAAAUUUGCAUCUAAAA